AUGUGCAUUGAAUCUUUAGCCCUGAAAAACACAUACGACACAACAGUUGAGAUGGAAGAAGAAAUACAGUGGUCGUUGAAAUACAGCGGUUCAGUCGUCGUACUUCACGACGCCCUCGUCAUAACCAUGGAUUCUCAAAGUCGAGUAUUUCGGAACGGGGCUGUUGCUGUUCGAGGCGACACAAUUGUAGCCGUUGGCCAAUCGCAGGACGUCAUAUCUCAGUUCUCCUCAGCUUCACCCCAACUCAUUAACCUACAAGGACACAUUUUACUGCCAGGUCUGAUAAACACGCAUGUUCACACUUCACAGCAGCUGGCGAGAGGGAUAGCUGAUGAUGUUGACCUGCUGACAUGGCUUCAUGACCGCAUUUGGCCUUAUGAAUCCAACAUGACGGAGGAAGACUCUUACCUUUCCACUUUACUCUGUGGAAUUGAGCUCAUCCACUCAGGUGUCACUUGCUUUGCUGAGGCUGGAGGACAGCAUGUGCCUGGAAUGGCAAGGGCAAUCAGACAGCUGGGAAUACGUGCAUGUUUGACUCAAUCAGUGAUGGAUGCUGGGGAGGGAUUGCCUGAAUCAUGGGCAAAAAUGACUGUUGAUGAGUGUAUCCAGUCCCAGAAGGAUCUGUACAAGAAAUACCAUAAUACUGCUGAUGGACGCAUCAGAAUAUGGUUCGGAUUAAGGCAAAUAAUGAAUUCAACUGAUCGUUUACUUACUGAAACAAGGGAUGCUGCUAAAGAACUCAGUACUGGAAUUCAUAUGCAUGUUGCUGAGAUACCUUAUGAGAACCAACUUGUGGUGGAGAGAUAUGGGAUUGAUCAUGGUACCAUUACAUAUCUGGAGAAAAUCAAGCUACUGCAAGAUAAUUUACUGGCAGCUCAUGCAGUUUGGGUCAGCGAAAAUGAGGUUGGUUUAAUUUCACGAUCGGGGGUCAAAGUAUCUCAUUGUCCUGCUGCUGCAAUGCGUAUGCUUGGAUUUGCGCCAAUUAGAGAAAUGAUUGACGCGGGUGUUUGUGUUUCUUUAGGAACAGAUGGUGCACCUUCAAAUAAUAGGAUGAGCAUUGUUGAUGAGAUGUACCUAGCUUCUCUCGUCAACAAAGGGCGUGAAGUUUUUGGAAAAGGAACCACAGAUCCUACUGUCCUCCCUGCAGAAACAAUUCUUGAAAUGGCAACAAUGAAUGGUGCGAAAUCUGUGCUCUGGGAAAAGGAAAUCGGAUCACUUCAAGCUGGAAAAAAGGCUGACAUGAUUGUGGUUGAUCCUUCGUCUUGGUCAAUGAUGCCUGUUCAUGAUUGCAUCUCAAACCUUGUUUAUAGCAUUAGAACUGAAAAUAUUACAUCUGUUAUGUGCAAUGGUUGCUGGAUCAUGGUAAAUAAAAAAAUCAUGACCUUGAAUGAGAAAGAAGUUAUUGCUACGGCUCAGAAGGUUUCUAAUGAGCUUAUGAAGCGGGCAGGGAUCCAAAUCCCAAGCAGAAUGAACUUUUUGUGA